CCGCCUGUUCCUUGUUUCUCUCUCUCUCUCUCUCUCUCUUCAAUUCUUUUUCUCUCUUCAACUCUCUCUCUAUCAUAGCUGCCACUUGUUCUGUAUUGAUUUUAGCAAAUGUGUCCAUAGCAACAGUAUGGAAUCAGUACAUUACAACACACAACAGUUGAUUGAGCCAUAAUAGAGAUGACUAGAUGGGGAUAUAUUUAGCCGAUUCCUUCUUUAAUAUCUUGCGUCAACAACCAGCUGUAAACACGGCAGCACAUUCAACGGUGGAUCGUUUCUUACAGAAGGCAGAGAAAGAACAACGACAACAUACUCAGUAAAAACAAAAGAAGGAUUAAAACACUGUUUACACCCAACAAAAUGAAGUAUUUCUACUUUACUACUAGCUACCUAUGAUUUGUAUCUUCCACUGAAUUCCUUAUUUUAAAAUUAUUUUUUUAUUGAUUCCAACAACAUCUCUAUGUAGUCACUUAGAUUUAAAAUUUAACAGCCGUUACAUACCUGUUGAUAGAAAUAACAACUUGGAGGACCUGUAUUGAUUAGCCCUAAAAAAGUCUGAGAUUUGAUCUCUGUCCCUAUUUGUUCAGCGGGUGAGGUAAUUCAUUUCAAAACUACUCCAAUGAAAAGCAUCAUGGAUGAUCCUAACAGUCAAAGCAACACUGAGCGCUGGGUGUGUCCUAAUGACCGACAAUUAGCAUUACGUGCCAAAUUAGGAACUGGCUGGUCAUAUCAUACAAACCGAUACACUCAAUUUCGCAAGGAUGACCAACUUAGUGUUGAUGAACAGGAGCAGAUACUAAAUGUGAUCUCACGUGCCGAAUUCAUGGACAAUGUGGAACAGGAACGAAUUGGGCGUCUGGUAGAAAAAUUUGAUAACAUGAAGAAGAAUGCUAUGGGAAAUGGCGACAAUCAAUGUAUUUUAUGUGGUGAUGAAUUUGGUUUGCUGGGAGCUUCUCCAACUUACUGUGAUGAUUGUAAGAAGGCUGUAUGCAUUAAAUGUGGUGUUGAUACCUUCAACAGCCAAAAGACACCAUUAUGGUUAUGUAAAUUAUGCAGUGAGAGCAGAGAGGUAUGGAAACGAUCUGGUGCUUGGUUUUUUAAAGGAAUUCCAAAAUAUACAGUUCCAAAACAUCACCAUGAGGGUGGCAAGUUUUCUUCAAAUGCAAGAAACCAACUAGAAACUUCAGCUCACCAGAAGAGUCGUUCUGGAUCAUUUCGCAGUUAUAAUACUUGGAGCAGAGGACGGCACAAUGGCAACAAGGAAGGGUUUGGAGGAGAAAGCAGUGGUCAAGAUGCAUCAAGCAGUUCUGAAGACGAAGUGAGCAUUGGAAAACGCACGAAAGAAAGUGAUAACAUCAGCAUUGGAAGUUCACAGAGUAGCCGAGAUCAUCAAGGAGGAAAUGGUAAGGUGAUCAGUUCUAACACAAACGUUCAUGGAGGUCACUUAAAAAGUACUGACAACAAUCAAGAUUUCCAUAAUGCAUCUGACAAUGAGAAAACUGGAACCACAGGCCCAUAUCAGAAAGGAUCCCAGCUUCCUGAAGACAGGAAAGGAAGUACAGCUGAUGGAGAUAUUGAUGUUGCAUUUAACCAUUACUCACAGCAAAUCACCGAUUUAGAAAAUGGUAAUAAUUCUUGUGAGAUGCUGGGUAUUCUAGAAUUUUCUCUACUCUAUGAUGCUGAUAAUAAUGCUCUGAACUGCACUGUGGUUAGAGGAAAGAACCUAAAAGCAAUGGAUAUGAAUGGAUUCUCUGAUCCAUAUGUUAAACUACAUCUACUUCCUGGUGCUUCCAAAGCUAACAAACUAAGGACAAAGACCAUUCAUAAAACUCUGAACCCUGAAUGGAAUGAAACUUUGACAUAUUAUGGAAUUACUGAAGAAGAUGUUGCCAAGAAAGCUGUAAGGCUGUCUGUACUUGAUGAGGACCCCAUUGGCUAUGAUUUCAUUGGAGAAUAUCGAAUAUCAUUAAGCCAGUUAAAAAGAAACCAAACUAAACGCUUUUCUGUCUUGUUAGAAGAUCAUCAACCUCUUGAAAUUAGUGAUAGUCAGUCAGUUGAACGAGGAAAGAUUCUUCUAUCACUUUGCUACAAGCCAUCAGAACAACUUUUAUUGAUUGGCGUGGUGCGAUGUGCCAAUCUUGCAGCCAUGGAUUCCAAUGGUUAUUCUGAUCCAUUUGUGAAAAUAUAUAUGAAACCUGAUCCAGGCAAGAAAUCAAAAUUUAAAACAGAAACUAAGAGAAAAACACUGAAUCCUGAAUAUAAUGAAGUAUUUAAUUAUAAUAUCCGAUAUAAUGAACUCACACAUAAGACAUUGGAGAUAACUGUGUGGGACAAAGAUAUUGGCAAACCUAAUGAUUUCAUUGGAGGACUUGAAUUUGGAAGUCAAUCCAAAGGUGACACAUUACAACACUGGUAUGAGAUGUUAAGAAAUCCUGACCAGAAAGUUGAAUACUGGCAUACUCUAACUCCAGAUUUUUGUCCAUGAAGGCAGUUUUUGCUUCUGGCAUGGCAUUGUUUACAAAGACUUCGAUGACUACAUUCCUAACUACCCCAAUAAGUCAGCUUUGGUCAAAGCACAAGUGUCCACUGCCUGAACAUCAAGACUAUUCCAGCCUCAGCAGCUUCUCUUUAUUAUUUACCAGUUCUACUAUAUUUUACUGUUUUUUCUUUUCUUUUACUUGAGCCAAGAGCAAGAUUUUCAGAUUCUCAUUGUGAUUGCCGUUAGUUUCAACCUUAUUUGGAAAUUCACUUUUCAUUGAGAAGCUUGUAAAUUUGAAUUUCUUUCCUUCUUUAUUUGUGUAUUUCAUUAUUAUUACCAUUUUAUUUUAUUCCAUUUGGUUCAAUUAAAGCUAAUAUGAGCUUUCACUUACUCAGAAAAAAAAAUUGAAAGAAAUGUGAGAACUUUUGGUUAUCAUAAAAAUGUCCUUGUCUUUCAUAUUCCAUUUGAGUAUUGUUGCUUCUGAAAAAUGUAUGUUAAUUCUUGUUAUUAAAACACACUGGAUUCUAUUUGAAAAGAAAAUACACUGGGAUCUAGCUGGUAAAGAUUUUGGUUUCUAGUUAAGUAUUUUUAAAUUCUAAAUUCUUGUUAACAAAAUAUACUGGAUUCUAAUUAACAAAAUAUAUGGGAUGUUAUACUGUUAAUAGCUGAUUUACAAUGCUCAAAAUAAAAUACACCAACCUUUACUAAUGACAUAAUAUCUAGUUAAUAAAACAUGUUGGUGCUUUGUUGUAGAAACUCAUGUUUGCUUGUUAUUAAAAUACACUGUUUCUUUGUGAUGAAAUUAGUCUUGUUUUUACUGGUCAAAUGAUACCAGUUGUUAGUGGUUUGAACAUCAACAGAUCCUAGUGGUCAAAUUACAUUAGUUUUUAAAUGUCAAACCACCAAUGUUCCUAAUGUUCAAACCACAAUAGUUCCUAUUGGUCAAAGCAUAUCAGAUCCUAAUGUCCAAAUCAUAGCAGAUAUUGAUGAUCAAAACAAGUUUUUAUUGGUUAAAAUAUUCUUGCUUCUCCUCGCCAAAUUCUUAGUGGUCAACCACUACAGUUUCUCAUGUUUAAAUUUACCUGGUUCUUACUGGUUAAAGUUACACCAGUUUCUAGAUGUCAAAUUUUUCCAGCUCCUUAAUAUGUUAAAACUGUACAAUUGUAUCAUUUGUUUUGUUUUGCAUUUAAUAUUUUGCUUAAGCUCUGUUACUGUGUUUUAUAUAUAUAUGUAUAUAUAUAUAUAUAUAUACACACACCCACACACAUACACACACACACACAUAAACACAUUGUUCAAUAUUUUUUUCAUAUUUUCUCAAUCAUUCCACUAUUUUGGGGGAUUGACUCAGUAAUCUGAUAAAAUCCUGUGAUUAUUGAAGAAUAUUGAAAAUAAAAUUUAGCAUCUUGA